ACAAUGUACAAUUUAUGCAGGAGAACAAGUGAAUGUCAUUCUCCUUAGAGGUAAACAAUUUUUAAAUGUAUGAAAUGUGGUAUUCUAUUCCAAUCUUUCUUAACAAUUUUAAGAUGGGCUAAUGAGUGGAAGAUUAUUGAUGCAAAUACAUAAAAGUUCCUGUCAGAGAUUACCAGGUUUGUGUGGUACACACUUUUGUUCCAGAAUUUGUUUUUACUGCAAAAUGUUUCUUACAUGAGAACCGAACCAUAAAAGGUACCUCCUUUCUCCCUCUGUGAGGUUAGAGGAAAUAUGUAUUGUAUUCUGAUGGCACUGCCUAUGCUCACAAGGGAUAACUUUGGGGGAUAAAAAAGAAUAACAAAAAACUAUUCCUCAUGUUCACCAGGGUCAUCAUGGUGAUCUGGAAUGCCAAUAGUACUAUGGAGCCCAUAUUUAUUCUGAAGGGUUUUCCUGGACUGGAGUAUGCUCAUUCUUGGCUCUCAAUUCUAUUCUGCUGUGUAUUCUUGGGAUCAUUUAUUGGUAAUAUUACCAUUCUGUCUGUCAUUUGGAUUGAGUCCUCACUCCACCAGCCCAUGUAUUAUUUCAUUUCCAUCUUGGCACUAAAUGACCUAGGUAUGUCCCUGUCCACACUUCCCACUAUAUUUUCUGUUUUAUGGUUGCAUACUCGAGAAAUUCAGGCAAGUGCUUGCUAUGCUCAACUCUUCUUCAUCCACACAUUCACAUUUCUGGAAUCUUCACUGCUAUUGGCCAUGGCCUUUGACCGUUUUGUUGCUAUCUGUCGUCCACUUCACUAUACCACCAUCCUCACCAACAGUGUAAUAGGCAAGAUUGGUUUGGCCUGCUUGCUAAGAAGCAUGGGAGUUGUACUACCCACACCUUUGCUGCUGACCCAUUAUCACUACUGCCAUGACAAUGUCCUCUCCCAUCCUUUCUGUUUGCACCAAGAUGUUCUAAAAUUGUCCUGUUCAGAUGUCAGGAUCAACAACAUUUAUGGACUGUGCAUAGUUAUUGUCACACUAGGUGUGGAUUCAGUCUUAAUUCUUCUUUCAUAUGUCCUGAUUCUGAAUGCUGUGCUGGGCAUUGCAACUGGUGAAGAACGGCUCAAAGCACUCAACACAUGUGUAUCCCACAUCUGCGUGGUGCUCAUCUUCUUUGUUCCAGUUAUUGGAGUGUCAAUGGCCCAUCGCUUUGGGAAGCAUCUGUCUCCUGUAGUCCACAUCCUCAUGGCUAACAUCUACCUGCUCCUUCCCCCAGUGCUUAACCCCAUUGUCUAUAGCGUCAGGACAAAACAGAUUCGGCUAGGAAUUCUCCGCAAGUUUGGGUUAGGGAGGAGGCUUUAAAUAACUCUCUCCUCCAGUUUUCCCACUGAAAAAUCCUGAGGCAACUACUGGAGUUGAUGAGAAGUAAAAUAUUUGGAGCUUAAUCGUCUGUUUAAAUUCCUAAUUUUUCCACUUCGUAGAUGUAUGACCUGAGUUAAUCAUCAGCUUAUGAGAUGCAGGUUUUUCAGAGCCAGAUUGUGAUAAGAAUGGCCUUUUAAUAAUUUUAUUUUAAUCCUUAAAGUAACCAUGAGACUUAUAAUAGACACUGUAUGUAAAAGUGAUUGUUUUUAAAAACUGGAAAAUUAAUAUGAUUAAAUUCUUAUAAAUAAUAAUAUUACUUAUGAAAUACAACUAUGUUUAUAUAGUUUCUCAUGUUUAUGAUCUAAAAAACAUAAAUCAAUCUUUCUCUUUUUCUAAUAUGUUUCCCCGUAUUGUGUUUCUCCUGCUAAAAUGUUAUAAUUGUUUAUGAAAAUAUUUCUGACUUCUUGGGGUAAGUUUGGAACUUCAGUUCCUGGAAUUUCUAACUGCUAAUGUGGCUAUUGGCUAUGGACUAAGUCUUCAUCUCAUCACCAGACAGUGAUGCCCUGUCUCCCACUGCCACUGUAGACCUAGCUGCUCUUUCAACUUACCAGCAAGUACUGGGGCAGAAACAUGAGAGUGGCUCAAGAAAGCCUGACAGUGCAGCUCUGAACAUCUGGGAAAAUCUAUAGAUUCUCUGCUCACUACUACAGCACAGGAUUUGAUAGCACCAAUAACCUGUUAGUGAGUUUGGCAAAAUAACCCCCCUUAUCUUUUGGUAAUAUUUUCUCCUCUUUUUCUGCAUGCUUAUGUGGAUCUUUACUAUUACUAUUGUGUCUUCCUCAGUUUCUUUAUUGAAGAUAACACAUCAAUUGCUUCUUCUUCAUUAAGAUAACUUACAUGGCUGCUUUUAUUGGUGAUAUUUUAUUAUCUCAUACAUAUUCCUGGGGUCAUGGCUGCUGCAUGAAUACAGCACUGUGGGGCUGGUCUCACCAAGCUAUCAUAAGUACACAUAAAGUAGUUAUAGUGUAAAUGCUGUUGCCUGUUUACUCACCCUCUAAAACUAUACUGAGGAAUAUGAAAUACUGGCUGUGACAAUUAUUGCUUUCAAUACUGUGGAUAUGCACAAAACAAUGCAUGGUCUUCAUGUUAAAACCUAAUGUAACAGUAAAGAUAUACACAUAUAAACAUUAGUAAAGUUAGUAGAUACCAGCAUGGAUAUAGGUAAAUAGUACAAUAUUGCUAUUAAAGAGUGGCCAAUUUUCAGUGAAGAUUUAGAAAUCAGGAAUUAAAAUACUUGACAAUUUAGUUGUACCUUGUGGGUCAAAUUCAUUGUUAUCAGCUAGACAAAGAGUGAAAGAAAUGGGUUUGCUGAAGCUGACUUGUACUGGCUUAUGAAAGCCAAUUGUUGAUAUCUUGUUCCAACUCCACCUUCUGUGAUGUCAUAUUGCUAGUUUGAAACUGGUCAUGGUGGCAAUAUUUCCAAAACUGAAACUGGUAAACUGUAAAUUCCAAGGCUUUACUUUUCUUCCUUGAGAGUUAGUUAAGUGUUAUCAGCACACCACUAGGCAAGGUAUUCUAGGUAAAAGAGGUAGCAUGUAGAAAACAGUGUAGAAAGAACAUGUGUUAGUAACAUUCUCCGAUCUCCAGGAGAAACUUAAGACUUGCCCAGACUGUCUCACAAUACCUCAAAGAGAAAGGACCCUGAAGUGGCUUGUGAUGGACAUGGACAUGCACUGCCCAGCUCACACUUCAGUGAAGAACUUGUGAAAAGGUGAAGGGAUUAAGAAGUAGAAAUUAGUAGUUACAAAACAGUCACGGGGAUGUAAAGUACAGCAUAGGAAUAUAGUCCACAAUACUGUAAUAAUGCUG